GCGGCGUUACCAGAGGCAGCACACCAUGUAAACACAGAGUAGGGAGCGGGGCCACAGUGACCCGAACACUGUGUUGGUGACCACUGCUCUCAUCUCUGUUCCCUCCCUCCACAACCUGGCGCCCUCCCUCCAUCCUCUUGAUCCCUCCACCCCACCCUCAACACUCCACACUCUCCCAGCCAGGGAAGUGUAGUGCUAUCACUGGAUGUGUGCUGUGUGUACUGAGUGUAGUUGCAGUUACAAGGAGAUAUAUAAAAUAAGGAGGUAUUAGGGCAAGUUAUCACAAGCUGAGGCAUUGAUCUGACCCGACCAGUGCCUGUUGCUGCAGGCUACACGCCUCUGUUUCAACAAGUUGAUGUCACAUCUCCUACAAUACACUACUUAAGCAUCAAGUUUUUUCCACGUUUGAAAAACUAGAUGAAAGAGUGAAAAAGUGUAAUAAAAACAUUUUUUUUUUCUGUUCAGCUUCCAAACUGACUGACAGUCACUUAUUAAUAUGUGAAAGGAAUUAGAACCUCAAGAAAACAAUAUCAAUUAAAGACAUAAAAGUUUCUCUUAGAAAGAAACGUUGUACUCCCAAGCAAAGCGAAUAGAGACCUUCACAAGCAGUGCCUCGCCUGGCGACUGGCAUAGAUAAGUUGACGUCACAGGGUCUUGUGUGUGGAGUUGCUCACUACCUGGUGUGGAAAAUGUGCAAGAUAUGAGAAAUGGAAGGUGGGAUAGCCAUGAUGGAGCCAGCGUUCCUGUGGUGGCACGCCUGACGGGAGGAGGAACCUGCCAGUUGUGACGGGAGUAGCUGCAUCUUGACCGAGGUAACGAAAGCAGGCGUGCCUAUCAAGAGUGACAGGAAGAGGUGUAUCUUACGUGAAGUGACAGAAGGGUGAGUCUGCCAGUGUAGGCCGUGACGCUGGUGCUGCUGCUGGGGUGGUGGCGGCAUGCACCUGCCACGCCGCCUCUGUAGCCUGCUGGGGGGUGUCUUCGUACUCUUUUUCUGCUUUUUCUGCGUGGCUGACUACUACGGCUAUCAUUACUACUACUACUCCAGUACCGCCAUCCUUAGCGAGGCAUAUCCGCCAGCACUGCCGCAGGUGCGCACCCCCACACACGGAACACCCACACCCACACACCUCUUCAAUGAUACCACAGACUCCCUGUGGGUCGCCCCACACCAUCACCCCGACGCCAGAUACACUAAAGAGAAGAAGAGGCAAUGCAAGAAAAAAUACUGGAAGUGUAACAAGUUGCCGACGGACCCUGAACCUCCACUUGAGAUGUUCGAGGAAGGAGGAGAAGGAGGAGGAGCAAGGUAUAACUCUACCUUCGAGACUAACUCUUUGGAGGACACCCCUCUGUGGAACCAGUUUGCUGAUCGCGGCUACACAGUCCUCGGUACGAACGGGUCAGCGGCGGCACGGAGACUGCCUGACGUGCUCAUCAUUGGAGCCAAGAAGUCUGGAACACGGGCGCUGCUGGCCUUCCUGCGGGUGCAUCCCUCCAUCAGAGCCUCGGGUCCUGAGAUACACUACUUCGACAGGUUUUACAGCCGCGGCCUCUCCUGGUACAGGAGUCAGCUUCCAUUAAGUCUGGAGGGGCAGUUGACGGUGGAGAAGACGCCAGCCUACUUCACUACCCCUGGUGUUCCUGAGAGAGUGAAAGACGACCUGCCCAACGCUAAGCUACUGCUGGUGGUCAGGAACCCCGUCACCAGGGCUCUCUCAGAUUACACACAGGGCCUCAGUAAGCACAGGUCGCGUCGAUCCUUCGAAGAGCUGACCUUUGUGAGGUGGUCAUCAGGUCUGGUGAACUCAGAGUGGGGUCCCAUUAGCGGUGGUCUCUACGCUAGACACCUCAAGAGAUGGCUGGACCACUUUCCCCGUUCCAGCAUACACGUGGUCAGCGGCGAAAACCUCAUCAUGGACCCCGCCGCCGAGCUCUGCAAGGUCCAGGAGUUCCUGGGGCUGCGGCGGGUGAUCACAGAGAAGCAUUUCUUCUUCAACGCCACCAAGGGCUUCCCAUGUCUGGUGAAGCGAGAGAAGACGGGACGACCUCACUGUCUGGGCUCCUCCAAAGGACGCUCGCAUCCUCCCGUCUCACAGACCACCUACAACAUCCUCAGGGACUUCUACAGACCCUUCAACUUCAAGUUCUACAAGAUGGUCGGUCACAACUUCCACUGGUAGUUAGUGUAUUGGUUCCAGACCGUAUCAAAGGAUGCUUAACUGGCGGUGCUCUGAAGGUACUCUGACCAAGGAGUGUGUCAGUUUUCUGAAAAUACUGCCACACUGCCCAUGAAAGUGUAUCAAUGUCGUGUUGACUAUGACGAAGGCGUGUAUCAGUAUCCUGAAGACACUGACCAAGGCGUGUGUCAGUGUUCUCAAUCAGUGCCACACUGACCAAGAAAAUGUCAGUGUUCUCGAAACACUGGCACACUGACAAGAAAAUGUGUCAGUGUUCUCGAAACACUGGUACACUGACCAAAGAAAACUUCUCCCUCGUGUAGGACAUUACGAGGUGUAGCCGUGUAGGCCGUGUGAAAACGAGAAUUUUAUAUCAGGCCUAUUGAAGACUUAAAGAUUAUAACAAGUGUGUAUGAUGCGCAACCCUGAGUCGGCACACUUUCAUUAUUAUUAUUAUUAUUUUGAACAUGACAGGGUGUCUAGACAGUACAAAAAAAUGCCACUGAGAAUGGGAUUAAAUGUUUUUAUGGCGGUAUGUUCAAUCAGGAUGAAUAACACUUGGAGAAUGAUAGGCCAUUCGCAUAAUGAGGACCACUAGCAGGGCAGGGUGAAUUCCACUACCCAGUACUAUCAUCAUGGCGGCACAUUCACUCAGAAUGAGUGACACUUGCAGGAAGACUAGCACUCACAAGAUGGGUGAUGCUCCCAAGAUGAGUGGCACUCAUUGCUCAAUGAACUUGUACCUCGGGGUGAAGUGAGCCACUUAGUAUGGUCCACCAUGGCUGGUCCUCACGCUCAGAUGGUACCGUAAGCGGAUGAGAUACUAUAAGUAGAUGAUAUCAUAAAAGCCAGCAUCAGUGACCCGCCUCUAAGCCUGACGUACCCAACGUAUCAGCAGAAUAUUGAGGGGCCUGGCCCUGCCUGGCCCUGCUUAUUUCCUGACUGUUGUGUGACGCUGGUAAUACCACAGCCAGGCGUACCUUCGCCAUCCCACGCCUUGUGGGGAUUCUUACCAUGAAGGGCACCUCACCCAGGAUAUGCAGAGCCAUGGUUUCAUGCAGUAAUUGUGUUUAUCCAUUACAAAGGUCGUGAAUUCGUUUAUCCAUCAGCACAGGUCGUGUAGUCGUGUGUAAGGUAAAAGUAAUUCUCGAACAAAAGACUGAUUAAGUUUGGUCUUUCUGGAUUGUCCCCAUCAAGGUAGGUUUUCCACUCACAAUGAAGGGAGUCAGCCAGGGCAGGCUGUAAGGAAUACCAGACCUGCUAUCACCUUUAUACCAAACCUGCUAUCACUUUUAUACCAGACCUGCUAUCACCUUUAUACCAGAUCUGCUAUCACCUUUAUACCAGACCUGCUAUCACCUUUAUACCAGACCUGCUAUCACCUUUAUACCAGACCUGUUAUACCCUUUAUACCAGACCUGCUAUACCCUUUAUACCAGACCUGCUAUCUCUUUAUACCAGGCCAGCUAUACCCUUUAUACCAGACCUGUUAUACCCUUUAUACCAAACCUGCUAUACCCUUUAUACCAGACCUGCUAUUAACUUUAUACCAGACCAGUUAUACCCUUUGUAAGGAUAUAUUUCGAGGUGAGCUGACACUAAUAAUUUUUCUUCUUACUUCAAAGAUUCUCUUACAAAGGGGAUAGCAGGUCUGAUAUUCCUCACAGUGUUGUUUACUCACAGUGCAGAAAGCAUAAGAGUAUAUACUGGUUAACGUAUUUAUGGUUCUGUUCUGGAGUAACUACCACAGACAGCGAUAUUGGGAUAUUUGCUGUUUCGAGGGGGAGCCUCUAGCAAGACAGUGACAGUGUAAAUGAUGGUGAAAGUGUUUCUUUUUCGGGUCACUCUGCCUCGGUGGGAGACGGCCAAUUAUUAGUUAUAAUUCAGUGGGGAUAUGGUGACCAUCAUAACCUCAGAGUGAUGCUCAAAUUUAUGUGAGAAGUGAUACAGGCUAGCAGUGGUAUUAUAAUAUAUAUCUCUUCACGAAAAUAACUGAUGUGAAAAGUCCCAUAUUAUGAAGCUCUGAAUAUAUCAUGCAAUUCCUGCCGUGGGAAAUGAAUGUCUUGCAUUUAGCGGACGGAGGAUCGAGACUCCGUCAGUCAUUGCGCUUAAUAACUCUCAUUGGUUUAGCGCUUCACAUGAAACAAAUAAAGUUAUCCAGCGUGGCUGUGAUACUUAACGUAAUUGUUAGUCAGCAAAUACCACACAUUGCAUAUGUUGGUGCUGUGAACACCACACCACUGGCACAGCUGCACCUGCUCUUCUUCCCAGUUCCCCAGACCAAAAUUUACACACGUACUUCUACUUUACAAAGUAAACACUCUUUAUCAUCCCAGUUAAUAACAAAUGCACUUGGCUCGUGUAAAAAUUCGAACAGUAUGUUUUUGUGGAGAAGCUGGCAGAGAUAUGCAAAAAUCGGAGAGAAAGGAAUUACUGGACACCAUUUCACACAGACUUAUUUCUACAUGGUACGAUUCAUAAAUUAGCUACAUAAAGUACAUUGAAAAAAUCGAAUGUAACCUUGGUCUGUGUCAAGCAUUAUAAAUAUUAUCAAGAGAGAAUAUAAUUAGAAGCUUAAGUGUAUAUUUAACACAUUAUUAACGCGAACGAAAAAAAUAUUUACGAAGUGAUUUGCAAUGUAGACAGACAUAUUUAAGUAGCCAGACUUCACCAUGGUUACAUCUGGCUGCUUGGCAUACACACAGACGACGAUCAAACUAAAUGUUAAGCGUGCACUCAGCCUUAUAGUCACUUUCUUUUACGCUGUGUGCUUUAUCGAAAUGUAAACAGACAUUCAAUAUGGCGGACUGAUGCGUAAACAAAUAUUCAAUAUGGGGGCAGCUGGGCGAGACAGUGUUUACUUUUACGAUGGAUAAGAGAGUAGACGGUGCUGCAGACUUCGGCGGUAAAUUAAGGCCAAUAAGAAUAAAAAUAAUAAUUAAAGUUAAUAAUAGAAUAAAAAAUAUUUAAAGGUUUCCAAGAGGCUUUACGAAUCAGAAAAUAAGACAAUCAGCAACCUCAGUGACAGUGUAGACUUCAAAUUCCAAGUUGACAUUUAUGAGAUAACGUCGUGACCCACGGAUUCAUGUGAUCAUGGGUGAGUCUAUGUGAUCAUGGUUGAGACAGUGUGAGCAUGGGUAAGUCCAUGUGAUCAUGGAUAAGACAAUGUGAUCAUGGGUGAAUAUGUAAUCAUGAACGAGUUCACAUGAUUAAUGGGCGAGUCCAUAUGAUCAUGGACGAGUUUGUGUUAUCGAGUCCACAUUAUCAUGAUUGAGUUCAUGAGACCAUGACUGCAGAGGAGUCCAUGCAACUAUGGAUCUAGAGUCCGACUUUCCCAAACUCAUCCGACAGUGAAUGGUUCAAGGUUCAGAGUGUCGAGCAUUUGCAAGCAAAUUUCCUUCGCGAAUGUGAUGAGAACGAGUGAUGAGAACGUAAGUGUGAUGAGAGAAGGAAACUAUUGUGAGAAACAGUAACUAUGGUGGUGACACUUGUCAAUUCCUCUGAAGAAAAGACAAAGCUUGGAGAACAAGUUACCACUGGGGCAACGUUUUGCUCUGUGUAGAGCUUUAUCGUGACAAAGCUCUACAGAGCUUUAUCGUUAAAAAAUUCUACAGAACUUUAUCGCGACAAAGCUUACAGAGCUUUAUAGUGAAAAAGCUCCACAGAGCUUUAUUGUGACAAAGCACUACAGAGCUUCAUCGUGGCAAAGGUCUACAGAGAUUUAUAGUGACAAAGCUCUAUAGAAUAUUAUAGUGAUAAAGCUCUACAAAGCUUUAUAGUGACAAAGCUCUAUAGAACUUUAUCGUGACAAAGCUCUACAGAGCUUUAUCGUGACAAAGUUCUAUAUAUAUUUAUCGUGGCAAAGCUCUACAGAGCUUUAUCGUGGCAAAGCUCUACAGAGCUUUAUCGUGACAAAGCUCUAUAGAGCUUUAUAGUGACAAAGCUUUACACAGAGCGACGCGUUCUCAGUAAAAGCUUGCUCGGCAACUUGUGUCUUCUCUUCACUAUUGUUGACAAUACGAUAUUUGCCUGAAAGCUUUCCUUAAAACACUAAUGUGAUUCGUGCCCUCACACCAGGCUGCUGCCAGCCCUCACACCAAGCUGCUGCCAGCCCUCACACCAGGCUGCUGCCAGCCCUCACACCAGGCUGCUGCCAGCCCUCACACCAGGCUUCUGCCAGCCCUCACACCAGGC